GGCGACGCGGGUUGCAACAACUCGAGAGACGGUACCAUUCCCUCGAACAGUGAGCACGGCCGAUAACGACUGCGACUGCCACUGCGACUUCCACUGCGACUUCCACUGCGACUGCGACUCCCACUGCGACGGCGACAGCGACCGACGAACCUGCCCCCCGGCAUCGACAUCAACAACGACCACAGACGAUGCCUAGAGUCGCCCAAGGACCGCGCUCAGGGACAGCCCGGGCUGCAUCCACUACCGCUUCUCCCUUUAAGAAUUCCCCCAUCAAGAUACCCUUGAACGACGAUGUCUCGGAAAAGGCCAAGCGCAUGCACUCGAGGCAAGCGCGCCACGAGAAGCAACUCAACGAACUAAAAGCCGCCGCAUCGAGCACGCCCGGGCGGAAAAUAAGCAUCGCCAACCUCGACGACAUGGAGAACGCUUCCCCGACCUCGGUCCCUCGCACGCCCCGCGGCGGUCGCGUCCAACGGUUACGGGACGACGGCGACGACGACAUCGUGGUCGGCGGCAGCGCCGUCACGCCUAUGAAGCGGGUGCCGAUCCUCGCCAAUUUCGAGGAGUGGAUGAAGAUGGCCACCGACAACAAGAUCAACGCGACCAACUCGUGGAACUUUGCCCUGAUCGACUACUUCCAUGACAUGUCCCUUCUCAAGGAGGGCGACGGCGUCAACUUCCAGAAGGCGAGCUGCACCCUGGACGGUUGCGUCAAGAUUUACACCAGCCGAGUCGACAGUGUCGCCACCGAGACGGGCAAGUUGCUUAGCGGUCUCGCCGACAGCAACAGCAGGAAGAAGGACAGGGAUGACGCUGACGGGGAGGGCGAGGAGAGCGAGGAGGAAGUCGACGAAGAUGGCAAUGUCAGGAAGAAGCCCAAGAGAAAGGCGCAACGGUCUUCGGAGGCUACAUUGGCUCCUUCUUUCGCCUCAUUGCAGCUGAAGAAAUUCGAACUGGAAUUCGCCGUCGACCCCCUGUUCAAGAAAGCAUCGGCGGAUUUUGACGAGGGGGGAGCAAAGGGUCUGCUUCUCAACCAUCUCAUGAUCGACUCCCAGGGCCGCAUUGUCUUCGACAGCAGUGACGACGUGGAGGAUGCGCAAACGUCCAAGAUGCGGAACAAAGGCAGCGACGCCGACGACAACGACGAGGAUAUGGACGAGGACGAUGUUGACGUAAAGACGCCAGACGCCUCGGCUGUCCACGAGCAGCUGCUGGCCGAGGCAGAGGAAGCCGCCGACGUCGAGAUCGACCUGGGUGCCCUCGGUGCCCGCUUUUUCCCCCACCUGGGCCGCCUCGACGAGCUGGACAUUUGCCCGUCUUUGAAGACGUUCGAACUCGGCAACGCGUCUGGUUCUCUGGAUAUCCCCUUCUUAAAGGCGCCCGAGGACUGGCGCGACCAGGACCCGGACAACCACACGGCACCGGACCUGAACCUCGGCGACAAGUCCGGCAUGUUCAUCGACGGCGAUAACGCUGCAGGCUUCGACGACGACGACGACGACGGCAUCGGCCUCGGCGCUUUCGACAUGGGAGCCGCCGACGUUGCUUUCGGCGAGGGCGGAGAGGCUUGGGCCAAGGAGGCCGCUCUGGAACCGCAAAUGCGAGUGUACAACGCCGUCGACGGCGGGGGAGAAGGCGGCGACGCGCUCGGGCAGGCGACCGGCGACUACAUGGUGUCCAUGGCCCACGGGAAGAACAACAACCCCGACAAGCUCCACGAGGACAUCCUCGGGUACUUCGACCAGGCCCUGCAGAAGAACUGGACCAGCGCCGAGCACUGGAGGAUACGCAAGAUCAAGGACGCCGACAAGCCGGCGGGCCCCACCCGGACGCGGAAGGAGAAGGAGCCGUUCGAGAUGGACUUUGCCGCGCCCAUGGACCGGACCCUGGCCGACGCGCUGUACACGCAGGCGUCGAGCAACUCGGCCAUCUCCAUGCCGAAGAAGGACUGGAAAUCCAAGUCGCGGAACCUGCUGCCGGACGACAAGCACUUCAACUCGAGGUCGCUGCUCAACCUGUUCCUCAAACCCAAGGCGCGCCUCAGCAGCCGGCGCAUCCGCACCGGACUCGGGGGCAACGGCCACAGGGACAACGUUCCCCCGGGGGCCGAGAUGGACGAGGCCUUCUGGGCGAACCAGAAGGACCCGGCGGCCCACGGCGGCGGCGGCGCCGGGGAGGAGACGGCGGCGGGGUUCCUGCCGGACGGUGGGGGCUACGACGCCAACUUCUUCCAGGACGACGCGCUCCCCUUCGCCGGCGGGCUGGGCAACGACGACGACGACGACGACGACGACGGCGGCGGCCUCGACUUUGCGGACGCGCGCGAGCAGUUCUCCCCCGGCGUCGAGGGCGAGGCGGGCUUGACCGGGGCUGUGGGCAUGACGGCCUUGCUGAACGGGGAGACCGUGACGAAUACGAUGGGUGCGUUUGGGACCACGCUGGUGACGUCGACGCGGCGCGUGCGGCCUGAUUAUGUCCAGUACGCGCGGACGGCGAAGAAGGUUGACGUGCGGCGGCUAAAGGAGGAGAUUUGGAAGGGCAUGGGUUUGGAGCCAGCAGCUACGAACGCAAAUUCAUCCCGACUCCUAACCCCGCCACCAUCAGGAGAGGCCCAGCCAGAGGUGGACAAGGACAAGACGCUCAAGUUCACCACCGUGAUGAAUAACCUGCAGUCGGUAUACCCGAAGCCGAUGAUGGAGGAUAUUUCCACGAGCUACUGCUUCAUCUGCCUGCUGCACCUGGCCAACGAGAAGGGGCUCGUCAUCGAAAAGACGCCGGAGCUUACAGAGCUUGAGAUUCGCAAGGAUUGGACGGCGGAGCUUACGGCCGGCGGUGAAUAAGUUGGGCGAGGGGUUUUGUUUUUGUUUAUAAAUUAGUUGGGCUGGGAAGAUGAUUGUGAUGAAUAAGGUGGUAUGAUGGGAUGCAGCCAUUCUUUUUUUGUUUUUACCUUUUUUUCCAGUCUUAUUUGGCCUACGGCAUUACAACGUACCUUACCUAUGGUGUCGGAAUACUAUCGGAGCUAGAGAUUCUACCUUAUUCCAUAUAUUACUCUGCUCUUGGUGGGAGCUGGACGGAUCGCUCGAAACCUCCAUACCCGAUUGCUACGAAUUCCUCUGUGUACUGCUAUAAGAAGCCGAAGAUGAACCACG